UCUAAUAACUUUCUUUUUCUUUGACUCCUCAGAGUGACCUAGCACGACAAGGACAUUUAGAGGAAGCUGCUUUCCAAUUGCAGCAGAUUUUCCGAAUUGAUAUUUCCAUUGCAUUCAACAUCCUUGGGAUUGAAAGCAUGAGAGCCGGCCACUACAAGGCAGCCUAUACCUGCUUCAAACUGGCCGCAGAUCGAGGCUACAGCAAAGCCCAGUUCAAUGUGGGUCUGUGUUACGAGCAUGGCAGAGGCACGGAAAAAGACCUGGAAAAGGCAGCUUUUUAUUACUACCUCGCAGCCAGCAACUGCCACGCCAUGGCACAGUACCGCUAUGCUAGAUGCCUCCUGUGCCACAGACCUGAAAAUGAAUGGGACAGUGUUCAGAAAGCCGUGACUUUUCUGGAGCAGGCAGCGAUGGCCGGGAUUACGGAGGCACAGGCUUAUCUUGGUGUGUUCUACCUGCGGGGUCCGAAGCCUAAGGAAAAGAGAGGUCUGAAGUACUUGUUGCUGGCAGCCAGCAACGGCGAUUCCCAAAGCAGGUACCACGUGGGCAUUUGCUACGAGAAGGGCCUCGGAGUGCAGCGGGACCUGGCCGAGGCGCUGAGGCACUAUCGACAGGCAGCUGCUGCGGGGAGCAGGGACGCUCAGCAGAGAGCACGAGCAGUGGAACAGGAGCUGGAAGGUACCACAGGCAGCGGGGGACAGGGCAUGUGGGCCAGCAUCGUGUGCCCAAAAGAAUAUGGAAAGAAAGCUUUCCUCGCCUUCUGGAUUAAGAAGAGCAUCUUCCUCUAG